AUGUCUAUUCAAGACUUGGGUAAAUAUGGCGCUGCAAAACCUCUUUCGUUUUUCUCUAGGCAAUCCCUCUCUAUUCCAAUCCUUAAGUUAAUAGAUACAAUUAUAUUUGCUUCUUUCUUUCUUUUUAUUUCUUUCAUCAUUUCUUUCUUUAUUUCUUUAUUUAUUAUUUAUAUUUCUUUAUCUUUCCUUCCUUUCAUCUUUCCUUUUUGUCAUUCAUUCAUUCAUUCAUUCAUUCUUUCUUUCUUUCUUUCUUUUAUUUAUUUUAGCCCCAUCUCUAUCCUAAUCCUUAAGUUGAUAGAUACAAUUAUAUUUGCUUCUUUCUUUCUUUCUUACUUUCUUUCUUUCUUUUUUUCUUUCUUUCUUUCUUUUGAUAGAUACAAUUAUAUUUGCUUCUUUCUUUCUUUCUUUCUUUCUUUCUUUCUUUCUUUCUUUCUUUCUUUCUUUCUUGUUCUUUCUUUCUUUUAUUUAUUUAGUCCCAUCUCUAUCCUAAUCCUUAAGUUGAUAGAUACAAUUAUAUUUGCUUCUUUCUUUCUUUUUAUUUCUUUCAUCAUUUCUUUCUUUCUUUCUUUCUUUAUUUAUUAUUUAUAUUUCUUUAUCUUUCCUUCCUUUCAUCUUUCCUUUUUGUCAUUCAUUCAUUCAUUCUUUCUUUCUUUUAUUUAUUUUAGCCCCAUCUCUAUCCUAAUCCUUAAGUUGAUAGAUACAAUUAUAUUUGCUUCUUUCUUUCUUUCUUUCUUUCUUUCUUUCUUUCUUUCUUUCUUUCUUUCUUGUUCUUUCUUUCUUUUAUUUAUUUAG